CUCCAGAUCUCUUGGUUAUCAAAUUGCCCGAGUUCUCUUUUCACUUCUGUUUCUCAGGAGUAGAUCCAGAAAAGUCGUUAACUUUAACCAGCGCCUACUGCUCCUUUACAACCCUCUAGUGGUUUUCCUUUGGUGUUGAACUACAGCGCAAAUGACUGUCCGUAGAAUUCCCAGCCUCCUUUGCGGUUGGCCUCAGGCCGAGGUACUACUGACCGGCUUUUCUAAGAAUUACGGCUUCAAGCCUGACUGUGUCGGUGUCCUUUUGCCUGUAAUCUCAGCACCAGGGAGGCAGAGGCAGGCAAUCUGUGUUGAGUUGGAGGACAGCCUAGUCCAGAAAGCAAAUUCCAGGACAGCCGGGCUGCCUUGAGAAAGAAGCCCUGUCUCAAAAAACCAGAGGGGAAAAAAGAACGAAGGCUUCUAUGCUCCUGUGCACAGAAGAAAGCAGGACCUUCUCACCGUGCUGCCUCGUGUUUUGUCACCAGCUACUGCUGACCAAAUAGCAGGUGUUUGCCUGAGGUGACUGUUGUUGGACCAGUGUCACCUGGAAGUGAUUUCCUAGCUAAGACAACAUGAAUGAACAGAUGAAGAAAAUGGCAAAGACAAGUGGCCAGAAAGGGCCGGGCAGAAGGGCCCUCGACAGAAUGACUCUAAAUCAUGACGAGGCAAGGCCAGUUCAGAAUACCAGAGUGGAACCUCCCCAUGUAACAUACACCAUCCACGAAGAAGGUGAGAUUAGCCCUGAGAAUGAGGAAGAUGUCUUUCCUAAUGGAUACCUAGAAUGCAUCAUAAGAGGGGAGUUUUCUGAGCCCAUUUUGGAAGAGGAUUUACUUUUUAAAUCCUUCGAAAGCCUAGAGGAAGCGGAACAAGACCUUUCUUGCCAGGUUCUGGAAGCUAGUUCUCUUCUCGAGUACAUGACAAAGGGGACAAAACAAGAGAAAAGGGCCACACAAGAGGAGCCUCAGCAGACUGUUGGAGCGAACUCAGUUCCUGAGUGUUCUGAGUACUUGACAAGCAGGAAGCUCCCUGUUGGAGAACCCUCGGAAGUUGAUUUAUCCUAUCAUGAGCAGCUGUCAGGCUUUACUGGAGAGAAGCUAAAGGGUGGUCCAUACUGUGGUAAUAUCUCGAUGCUGGAGUGUCCUCAAGCUGGGUGCAAGAAGAAGCUGAGGGAUAAAACUGCCCUGAGGAAACACAUGCUGGUCCACGGUCCCCGUCAGCACGUGUGUGCAGAGUGUGGGAAAGCUUUUACAGAGAGCUCGAAACUAAAGCGGCACUUCCUGGUCCAUACAGGAGAGAGGCCUUUUCAGUGCACCUUCGAAGGCUGUGGGAAGCGCUUCUCACUGGAUUUCAACUUGCGCACCCAUGUCCGCAUCCACACGGGUGAGAAGCGCUUUGUGUGUCCUUUUGAUGGCUGCGAGAAGAGUUUUAUUCAGUCAAACAACCUGAAGAUUCACAUCCUAACUCAUGCAAAGGCAGGGAAGAAAUGCUGAAAGUCGAGACAGAUUGUCCCAGGCUGAGUGGUCUUACUGGCAGAGGCACCGAGGAUCCAUGCAUUAUGUAUGAGAAUAUUAUUUGUGGGGAUGGAUUCUAUGGCUAAAAUAACUUUGCAAAUCUAGAAGGCCUGCUUGUAUUUUUUAUUUACUUCAUUACACAAUUUUAAGAACAUUGUUUUUUGUAUUCCAUGGUGUAGUUCCAACAGAAAAGUCAAUGGUGAAAGCAUAAUGUUUAAUAUAUGUGCUACACUGUUGAAGGUGACAGUGUUUUUGCAUACCUAAUAAAAAAUAGCUUAUUUUUAAUUAUGCAGUUCCUAAUGCCCUAGCUUUUACCCUUUAAAAUGCUUCAUGGGAAAUGAUCCUAAAGAAUGGGUACCUUUGGCAGUAGUCAACAAAUGAAUACAUAUUUCUACAUUUUUGAUUUUUGUUUUCCUUAUUGUAUCAAACUAUUAAUCAUAGUUAAAUGUGAAUAGUUAUAUAAUAAAGUUGAUCCAUCUGAAGAUUUUAGGUGUUUCAAAAUAAAAGGAAAUAAAACACUA